AUGGUUAUACCAAAGACCACAAGUUUUCAAUUCAUCACCUCUAUCAACACGGUCGCCCACGAUGAUGAGACACGCCGCAAGGUGCGCUCCCAUGCGAGGCGGCAGAAGCUCUCGAACGAGAGUAGCCCCCCUCAAUCGAGGAAGUCGUCCACACAGAAAGAACGUAUCUCUAAGUUCAGACUAAAGCCAUGUGUUCAACCCAGCGAGACCAGUCCCAAAGAUGGUACCAGCGGCCGCAAUGGCAACUGUGCAAAGUCUUCGUCCACAACCAAGCUCUACAACCCCACGCUCGGAGGCCCUGCCGAAGCCGGCAAGAACACCAACUUCACGCCCACAAUGAUAUCGCGAGAGCUAGCUUUAGUAGUGGCGCGAGAACUCCCUAGCUUCCCUAUGCUCAAUAUUGAGACGACCCCCUUAACAGAGACUCUUCUUAAAUAUUGCUUCACAGUGUGCUUAUGCCCACACGAGGCCAUGAUAGAGAAAUGGUUUGACCGCGCAGGAGCGCCUACAUACAUGAUGACAUAUUACUCUGGCUUUCUUGCCAACGCUUUCGCCAUGAACCCGGAAGGGAACUUCUUCGAUGCUUUACACGUUGAUACGGCCAUCACUCACGCCUUUAUGGCGUUGGUAGCAUCUAUGCAUAACUCCUUAGCUCAAUGGAGCGAUACGAGUACAUUCGACUUCCACCGCCUUCAAGCUAUAAAAGCCAUCAACGAACGGUUGAACGUAGAAGGGAAAACGCCUAACGUGCCUAUAUCAGACGGUAUAACGAUGGCUGUUGCAUUACUAGUCAAUAACGAGACCUUCAUUGGCUCUAUCCAAGCGGCAGCAGCUCAUAUGUACGGCUUGAAGCGCAUCGUCGACUUGCGAGGUGGUAUACUGGAGGCCUUCAAAUACAUCAGUACAAACAGGGCAGACUUCUCCUACGCAUACGCAGCCGGGCAACCGUUGAUGUUCCCUUUCGUUCCACAACUAGCGUCCUCUCUCAGCCUCCAUAACCGCUUCAAGGACAGAGUGAUGGAGAUCACUUCGAGGCCUCUUGGGCCCAAAGAUCUCGUGAUUCGCAACCGAGAGUUGAUCGAUAUAUUCGAGCUUCUAUUUUCAGUGACCGAGUGUCUAAGCACUUUCGAUUAUAGCAAUCUAGCUAACAUGUCCACCGAGCGAGUACAGCUGAGCGACUCGAUAUACCUGGGAGAAUGGCGACUUUUCCAGUUGGAACAGUCAUACCGCAACCUCAGGACGUCGAAGCGGACGGGCUCAUUCACACUCGACGACCAUAUCCAAAUUACCACUGAAACUAUAUGUUCACCCGCUAUUGACCUAAGCGAGAGUCUAAUGUUUGCCGGCCACUUGUUCAUGCACCUAGCCUUGCGUGGACAGCCCCCAGCCGCACCUAGGCAUCGAGGAAUCAUGGGAGCACUCGUGAUGUCGAUACACGGCACACUACUCGCUCUUGACAUAGUUUACAAAUCCGAAGCCUACGGAAGUCCCAAGUCGCACCACAGCGCAGGCAGCCUCGGGAAUAGUUCAGUGGAAAGUUGGUCCACGACAACUACUAAUACUUCAAUCCUUGAUCUCCCUAGUGCUAAGCCUGAGGACGAUUUCACUAAGAACGCCUUGCUCUGGAUUCUCUUUAUAGGCUCGUGUGUUCGCGUGCCUGCGACUCCUACCCGAUUUCACUUUCCGCAUCAAGAAUUUCUUCUCGAUGAUCAUCAUCAGUUCUUUAUCCAUGCCCUCCAGAACUACUGCCUUAUGAGACAUAUCACCGACAAAGAGACGCUAACUGCAAAGCUGAAGGAUGUACUCUGGCUAAACAGCUGGUGCGAGAGCCAAUUGAACAUGGUUUGGGCUGAAAUAAGAGACCAUAUAAUGCCUUGA